AUGAGCAGGGUUCCGAGAUUACUUGAUCUAUGCAUGGCCGCCAUAGCUGAUGAACUUCUCCAAGGGGAUGAGAACGGCGAUAUGAUUUCGGUUAUUUAUGAGCUCCCAUCAGAGUUGUUCGAGAGUUUGUUGCCGCACCUGCCUCCGUUGGCAUUACAGAAGUUACAGGAAAAGUUGCCAUUUAACUUCAGAGAUAACUUUGACCCUGUACAUGAUUACCAAAGAGACUCUCGAAAACGUAGAAGAUAUGGGGUUUUAGAUAAAACAUGGCGUUCUCUUCAUAAAGUUCGUUGGCCGGGUUUUUGUCACGAGGAGCUAGCCAUGGCUCAGCUGAAUAAAAUUGAUCAUGCAGAGGGUGACUCUAUUGAUGAUUGGCAGCAGAUGUACUGGGAGGCACAUUUGCAAGAGUGUGUGGAUUCUGUAGCAGAAACAGCUUUGCUCCCAUCUUAUGAUGAUUCUAUUGGGGAAAUACAAAUUCCAGAUGGUAUACUGGAGCAUAUUGGUUGCAAGAGUCGCCUGGUUAAGUUGACAAACGACUGUAUCAAGUUCUCUUGGCACUGUCAGAAAUUUGGAAUUUAUGCCAGACAACUAAGACUUCCAAAUGCACUAUGUGUUGCUGAAACUUGUGAUCUGUUACAGAGCAGUAAGUUGGGAAGCCUGGAACUUCAGUGGAUCAAAUCCAAUGAUCAUGUAGAGGGAUUGUGUAAACUUUUAAAUCAGAACAGCGAGACUCUGAAAUCAAUUGACUUCAUCCAUUGUAAGCUUUCUCCGACUCUCAUCAAUGCUAUUUGUGAUUCCCUGCACAUGAAUGGUCUUCGAUCACAUGGAAUUGAGCAUUUCUUAAUCAAAAGAUCAAGCUUCCUUCAAAGUGACUCAUCUCCUGUUCCAAUUGGAUUGAUAUCUUUCUUAACAUCUGGAAGGUCCUUGCUUUCACUAACUUUAUGUGACAACCAACUGGGCCGAAACUUUGCAAGAGUGAUUUUCAAUUCCCUCAUUGAUGCUUCAACCGGUAUAUCCAAGCUAGACCUUUCAGAAAAUAAUAUAUCCGGCUUUCUUUCUCAAUUUCGAUGGAGAUCAUCAAGUAUCUCGCUUGAAAUGUGCAAGUCAUUAAAAUCACUUCGGAUGCUCAAUUUAAGGUCCUGUAACUUAGUAAGAGAUGAUGCAGAGUGUCUUAAACAGGCUCUCGUUCACAUACCUAAUUUGGAAAAUCUUGAUCUGAGUGACAAUUUAAUUGAAGAUGGAAUCAGGAGUCUGUUAAGCUAUUUCAAAGAGAUCUCUGGCAGAGGCUUACCCUUUGCUGAUUUGAAGCUUGAGAAUUGUGAGCUUACCUGCGAGCAUAUUAUUGAACUUUUAGGAGCUCUUUCAAAUAUGAACAAACCGCUUAAAUCGCUCUCAGUUAAAGGCAAUAGGCUUGGCAGCAAAAUCGGGGCAUCGUUGGGAAAAUUUUUGUGCACUGGUAUUUGUUCCCUUGAUGUUGAAGACGUAGGACUUGGCUCCUCUGGUUUUCUGGAAGCAGGAAGAAAUAUUGCAAGAGAACUGAAGAUUGUUUAUAUCAAUAUAAGCAAUAACCAAGGUGGUAUUGAAGCUGCGAAGUUCAUUUCAAGCCUUAUUUCACAUGCUCAUAAGAUCGUUGCAAUUGAUGCAAGAUAUAACGUAAUGCCGUUGGAAUCGCUAUCCGUAAUAUCCUCUGGCUUGAAAGCCUUCAAAGGAAAUUUAGAGCAUCUGGACUUGGGUGGAAAUUGGUUGUGUGACCAACUUGCUGAUGCAACGUCUGUUUUGGCUGAACUUCAAAGACAUGGACAAUUUUCCUUCAAUCUUCUACUAUCGACUGCUCCGAACGUACCAUAUGAUGACGACCCUUAG